UAGAAAUUGACAACCACGCGCCGAUUUCACCAUCUCUAUAAUCUUUAGACCCAAGAAAGAAAAGAAAAAUCAAAAGUUCACACAUCUUCUUCUUCACUUUACCAAAUCGUAUCCCGAUCUUAGGGUUUUUCAGUAUCUGAGAAUUUUUAUUGUUUUUCUUCUUGAUACCUUCGAAUCCCAUCUCCGAUUAUAUAAAAAAAAAUCUGGGCUUUUCAUAUUCGUAUCUUGGAAUCUUCGAUAUUGGGUUCUUCUCCUCCCGAUUCGUCAAAAGCUCGCAUCUAUGAAUCAGAAUAUUGAAGUAUUAUCGCUGGAUUCACUUCCAGUGGGAUUAAGAUUCCGUCCAACGGACGAGGAGCUAGUCCGUUUCUAUCUCCGGAGGAAAAUCAACGGCCACGAUGACGACGUCAAAGCCAUCCGAGAGAUCGAUAUCUGCAAAUGGGAACCUUGGGAUUUACCUGAUUUCUCUGUGAUCAAAACAAAAGACUCAGAGUGGCUCUUCUUCUGUCCGUUGGACCGGAAGUACCCGAACGGAAGUAGACAGAACCGAGCAACAAUCAAAGGCUACUGGAAGGCGACAGGGAAAGACAGAAAGAUAAAAUCCGGCAGGAACAACAUCAUCGGAGUGAAGAGAACUCUGGUUUUCCACUCUGGUCGUGCUCCCAAGGGAUUAAGAACCAAUUGGGUUAUGCACGAGUAUCGAGCCACAGAGGAGGACCUGAGUGGCAUCAAUCCAGGCCAGAGUCCGUUUGUCAUAUGCAAAUUGUUCAAGAAGCAAGAACUGAGCUUACCGGAGGAAGAUUCCAAGUUGGAUGAAGCUGUUUCGUCUCCAACUGUUGGUACAUCUUCAGCGGAUGAUACCAAGUCUGAGGUAUCAAUGGUCGUUAAAACAGAAGACGUGAAGCGUUAUGACAUUGCGGAAUCUUCUCUUGUAGUCUCCGGCGAGCCUCAUGGGGCUACUACGACGGCCGAGCUUGGAGAUCUCGACUGGCUCUCUUUUCCGGAGCUGGAGCCUCUGGAUUACAAGAUUUUCUCUCCAUUACACUCUCAAGUCCAAUCCGAGCUCGGAUGCUCUCUCAACGCGUUUCAGUCUGGUUCGAGUGACUUUUCAGGGAACUACAACAACAGCUUCUGCCAGAUUCAGACUCAGUACGGUACAAAUGAAGUAGAUACAUAUAUAUCCGACUUUCUCGACUCGGUUCUUGAUUCCACAGAGGAAGCUCCAGAGAAGCAAAAUUUUGUUUUGCAAUCUGGGUUCGACGGUGCAGCGCCGGAUCAGAUUGCGCCAUCGUAUCAACAGAGAUCUGCAGGUGACAUGAGCAAUGAUGUUUCAAGAACAGGUAUCAAGUUACAGUCUCGGCGGGAACAACAACCCUCAGGCUAUACCACUGGCUCCAUUAUGCAUGGAGACGCCUCGAAAAGGCUGCGUCUGCAAACUAUCAAGAGAGAGGUUGAUGAUGAUGAUACGGUCCGAGGAACCAUGAAGAAGGGAAAGCUAAUGAGAUCAAAGAACAAAACCGGAUUCUUGUUUAGAAAGGUUAUGUCCGUGAAAUGCUCAUACGGAGGACUUCUUAGGGCGGCCGUAGUUGCGGUCUUGUUCUUGAUGUCAGUCUGCAGUCUAACCGCAGAUUUCCGAGGUUCCGUUAUGAUCUGAAAACUGAAACCUUAUUGUGUAUAUAUAGUGACUGAACCGGGUUUUUUUUUGUUGUUGUUGGGGUGUUGGUUCGACUUUGACCGUAUCCGGGGCCAGUUUAUGAGGCUAUCUGUGUUAUAUAGAUGUAUAACUUUUAUGGCGAGAGGUGAAACUCUACUUACUUCUUUCGACUUUAGUAGGGUUGUUCUGAUAUGAUCAAGGUUUAUUGUUUUAACAAGCAUUUUUCACUACGACAAUGAAAUAACAAAGAGAAGAACAAAAACUUGAUUGAUAAGAAAAAAAGAAGAAGUCACAACAGUCGAUCAAGUAAAAACUUCCCUUUCCAUAAACAAAGGGCCCAUCUUUAAAAGCCCAUUAAGAAGCGUCUGAUCACACAAGUUUAGCACAACACUCUCUCUACUCAAAGGGAGAAGACGAUGGUUUGAUGGUUUUAAGCUAUGGCGAUUUCCGUGGAGUAUUAUACUAAACCCGUACUCGCCUUGUCUCUUUCCUUCUCCGCGUUGCUUCCAUGUCGCCGUCUCUUGCGAUCUCACUGCCACUUUUAGAUUGAAGAUCUCUCACUGUGUAAGUCUCCAGUGUCUCGUCGCAGACUUUGGAGAAUGGGGUCAGAGGGAAAGAUGAAGAACUCGGUCGUGACACAAGUAAGCAUUGGUGGAUUUGGGGAGUCCACUACUGCAAAAGAACUUACAGAUUACCUUGAAGAUGCAGUAGGGCUCAUUUGGCGAUGCAGAUUGAAGACUUCUUGGACUCCUCCUGGGUCUUAUCCUAAUUUUGAGAUCGCGGACACUUCAAAUAUCCCCAGGUUUGAUGAUUACAAGAGAGUGGAGCCUCAUGCCUUUGUCCAUUUCGCAGUUCCUGAAUCAGAAGCUCUUGCCAUGGAUGCUGCGGGGCAAUCCAAGCUCAUCCUCGAUGGCCAGCCGUUAAAGGUCAGCUUGGGGCCUAAGAACCCUUAUACCCUGAACCAAAGACGAAGGACGGCCACACCGUAUAAGUUGAGUGGUGUUUCAGUUGAGAUUGGGACCUUGGUUUCUCGGGGUGAGUUUUUUGUUUCUUGGAGAGCUGAAGGAGUCGAUUUUCUCGUGGACCCUUUUGACAACACCUGCAGAUUUUGCUUCACGAAGAGCACUGCCUUCUCUUUGAAGGAUACGAUGAUGCAUGCUGUGAUAAACUGUGAUUACAAGUUGGAGUUUUUGGUGAGAGACAUACGCUCAGUCAGGCACUAUAGAGCUUUGGAUGGCUUUGUGCUGCUUUUGCAGCUGGCUUCGUCACCCCGAGUCUGGUACAGAACGGCGGAUGACGAUAUAUAUGAAACCGUCCCUGUUGAUCUCUUGGAUGAUGAUGAUCCUUGGAUCCGUACUACGGAUUUUACUCAAGCCGGGGCAAUUGGUCGAUGCCUGUCAUACCGAAUCCUCAUAUCUUCUCGGUAUGAGAAGAAGUUGAAAACAGCCUUAGAUUAUCUAAGGACGCGGAGGGUGCAAGAGGAACGUGUGAGGUUGCCUCUCAGGAUUCAUGAUGAGCGUUUUGGGGAGCCUGCUUCAGAGCACUUCUUCUGCAUUCAUCUCAAGGAAGGGAUCUCCUUUGAGAUCAUGUUCCUCGUAAAUUCGGUGCUGCACAGGGGUGUUUUCAACCAGUUUCAGUUGACCGAGCGUUUCUUUGAUCUUCUCAGAAACCAACCCAAGGAUGUCAAUGUAGCUUCUCUCAAGCAUCUCUGUACCUAUAAACGACCUGUUUUUGAUGCGUACAAGAGGUUGAAGCUUGUUCAAGAAUGGAUUCAGAGAAAUCCAAAGCUUUUAGGGACUCAUGAACAGUCAGAGGAUAUCUCUGAGAUCAGAAGGCUAGUGAUUACUCCAACCAGAGCUUAUUGCCUUCCCCCAGAGGUUGAGCUCUCCAACAGGGUACUCAGAAGAUACAGAGCCGUGUCUGAGAGGUUUCUGCGAGUAACUUUCAUGGACGAAAGCAUGCAGACCAUGAAUUCAAAUGUUCUCUCUUACUUUGUUGCUCCGAUUGUGAAGGAUCUGACAUCAAGCUCUUUCUCUCAGAAGACCCACGUUUUCAAAAGAGUAAAGACCAUAUUAACCGAUGGGUUUAAACUAUGUGGUAGAAAGUACAGUUUUCUAGCAUUCUCAGCCAAUCAACUGAGAGACCGCUCUGCAUGGUUUUUUGCCGAAGACGGGAAAACAAGAGUGUCAGAUAUAAAGACAUGGAUGGGGAAGUUCAAAGACAAGAAUGUGGCAAAAUGUGCUGCUAGGAUGGGCCUGUGCUUCUCCUCAACAUACGCCACUGUAGAUGUCAUGCCUCACGAGGUUAACACCGAGCUUCCUGAUAUUGAGAGGAAUAAUUAUACUUUCUCUGAUGGGAUUGGUACAAUCACGCCUGACCUCGCUGUCGAAGUAAUGGAGAAACUUAAGUUCGAUGUUCACUGCACACCGUGUGCUUAUCAGAUCCGUUACGCAGGUUUCAAAGGAGUUGUUGCUCGUUGGCCAUCAAAAGGUGAUGGAAUCCGGUUAGCUCUUCGAAACAGUAUGCGCAAGUUCCAUUCUAAGCAUACCAUCUUGGAGAUCUGUUCCUGGACCAGGUUUCAACCUGGCUUCUUAAACCGGCAGAUAAUUACCCUCCUCUCUGUACUAGGCGUUCCGGAUGAAAUAUUCUGGGUUAUGCAGGAAUCCAUGCUCGGUAAACUGAACCGCAUCCUUGAUGAUACGGAUGUGGCUUUUGAAGUUCUCACAGCAUCAUGUGCCGAACAAGGAAAUACUGCAGCUAUCAUGCUAAGUGCAGGGUUCAAACCGAAAACUGAGCCACAUCUGAGAGGAAUGUUGUCUUCAGUCAGAAUUGCACAACUGUGGGGUCUCAGGGAAAAGUCUCGUAUUUUUGUUACUUCAGGAAGGUGGCUAAUGGGCUGCCUAGACGAAGCAGGGGUACUUGAGCAGGGCCAGUGCUUUAUCCAAGUCUCAAAACCGUCUAUAGAAAAUUGUUUCUCCAAACAUGGGUCUCGUUUUAGGGAGACAAAGACAGAUCUGCAAGUAGUCAAAGGCUAUGUAGCCAUUGCUAAGAAUCCUUGUCUUCACCCAGGGGAUGUAAGGAUUCUGGAAGCUGUUGAUGUACCUGAGUUGCAUCACAUGUAUGACUGCCUUAUCUUCCCUCAGAAAGGCGAUAGGCCCCAUACAAACGAAGCUUCUGGCAGUGACCUUGACGGGGAUCUCUACUUUGUGGCUUGGGAUCAGAAACUCAUCCCUCCCAGCAGAAGAAGCUGGCCUGCAAUGCAGUAUGAUGCAGCAGAAGAUAAGAAUUUGAGCCGUUCCGUCAACCACCAGGACAUAAUAGAAUUCUUUGUUAAAAACAUGGCGAAUGAGCAUUUGGGUACAAUCUGCAAUGCACACGUUGUUCAUGCUGACAGAAGUGAGUAUGGAGCCAUGGACGAAGAAUGUUUGCUACUAGCGGAACUAGCUGCCACAGCAGUUGAUUUCCCAAAGACAGGGAAAAUCGUGACGAUGCCCUUCCACCUGAAACCAAAACUCUACCCAGACUUCAUGGGGAAAGAAGAAUACCAGACUUACAAGUCGAAAAAAAUCUUGGGUCGGCUUUACAGACGGGUUAAAGAAGUUUACGAUGAAGAUGCAGAAGCUUCCUCAGAAGAAGGCUCAAACCCAAGUGACAUCCCUUAUGACACUGAUCUUGAGAUACCAGGGUUUGCAGAUUUCAUCCCUGAGGCAUGGGGUCACAAAUGUUCUUACGACGGGCAGCUCAUUGGUCUUCUCGGGCAAUACAAGGUGCAGAAAGAGGAAGAGAUUGUGACGGGUCACAUCUGGUCCAUGCCUAAGUACACUAGUAAGAAACAAGGUGAGCUGAAAGAAAGACUGAAGCAUUCUUAUAACUCCCUGAAGAAAGAGUUCAGAAAAGUAUUCGAGUUAACAAACCCGGACCAGGAAAAUCUCAACGAAGAGGAGAAGAACUUGCUGUAUGAGAAGAAGGCUUCGGCUUGGUAUCAUGUCACUUACCAUCCCAAGUGGGUGAAAGAGUCUAUGGAGCUGCAAGAGCCAGAUGCUGAGUCGCCUAGUCCUGCGGUGAUGCUGAGCUUUGCUUGGAUUGCUGCUGAUUAUCUUGCAAGAAUCAAAGUCCGGUCAGGGGAAAUGGGAAAGAGUAUCGACUCGGCCAAGCCUGUUGAUGCUUUGGCUAAGUAUCUUUCACAACGUCUCUAAAAGGUAACGUUCGACGAAGCCGUAAGGCCACUCUGCCAUGUAUCUGUGGAAAUUCAUGGAUACUUCAAUGUUGUAUUAUGUAUCUCUAGUUUGAAUGUGCUUUGUGUUGUUGUUCUGAAAACUGUGUGUGAUGGGGAAACAAACGGCUUGCCGUUUACGAUUUGAACAACUCAACUGCUUGGCGUUGUUUGUAUAUUUUAUUUACUACUGUUUAUAUGUGGGAAAACGGCUAAUUCCACCAUGAAGUAAGAAAUUUCUGACAAUCC